AUGGCCCACAAAGGACUGCAGCUUUUGGGAUUCGUCCUGUCGCUCCUUGGUUUAAUCGGUUUAAUAGUUGGCACAAUCUUGCCACAAUGGAAGAUGUCUGCUUACGUUGGAGACAACAUUAUAACAGCGAUUGCAAUGUAUGAAGGCCUGUGGAUGUCAUGCGCCUUUCAGAGCACAGGACAAAUUCAGUGCAAAGUUUAUGACUCCAUUCUCCAGUUGAGCAGUGCUCUGCAGGCCACGCGCGCCCUGAUGAUUGUGGGUAUCAUUGUGACCGUGGCUGGCCUGGGUGUUGCCGUCAUGGGCAUGAAAUGCACAAACUGUGGGGGCGACGACAAGGUCCGCAAAUCUCGCAUCGCCAUGACCGGAGGAAUCAUUUUGCUUCUCGGAUCUCUGUGUGCCAUUGUUGCAUGCUCAUGGUAUGCACACAACAUAAUUCAAGACUUCUACAAUCCAUUCACCCCUGUUAAUACCAAGUAUGAGUUUGGUGCGGCCAUCUUCAUCGCCUGGGCAGGUGCCUUCCUGGACGUCCUGGGGGGUGGCAUGUUGGCGGCAUCUUGCCCAAGGGAGAAAUCCUCACCCAAAUACCCUGCUUCUUCUCGCGCCUCCAGCACCGGUAAAGACUACGUUUGA